AUGUCUUACAACAAACCCACAAGCCCACCACCCUCCUACCCCGCCCAAGUCCACAACGCAGGUCCUUACCACCAACAACAGCCAGGCCAAAGCCCCGGCGCCGCGAACGACUACUAUGGCGGCCAGCCCCAACAACAGGGCUACUACCCACCCCAACAAGGCUAUGGCCAACCUCAGCAAAACCAGCAGGGCUAUUACCCUCAAGGCCAGCAGCCGAUGUACUACUCGCCGCAGCAGCAGGUUCAGGGCUACCCCCCUCAACAGCAGCAGGGAUACUAUGCCGAUGCUCGCGGGCGCUCUGACGGUGGUGCAGGUGGCAUCUGUGCGGGUAUAAUGGCUGCGAUGGCUUGCUGCUGCUGUUUGGAUAUCUUAUUCUAG